UAUAAUGACACAUGUCACACAUUUUUCGAAGCUAGGAAGUUUGUAAUUUAAGGUUCCAUCAAACUUGCAUUAUUGGAAACUGGUAGGAAUCUUCUCACAGUGGCAAAAAUGGAGAAAGAUUCGGCAGUGAGUUGGAAUUUUCAAGGCAGCAACAAGGUGAAGGAAUCGUCUACACAUUCCAUCGCGCGGGUGGUGGUGGAGGUGAUGAAAAAUGUUACUGCUGGUGAGAAAUUCAUACACCUCGGUAUCGGCGAUCCUUCGACUAUUCCAUGCUUCCGUACAGCUGUUGCAGCUGAAGAUGCUAUUAUUCAAGCUCUUCGGACCAACACUUUUAACGGUUACUCGCCAACAUCUGGUCUUCCUCUGGCAAGGAGCUCUAUCGCAGAAUAUCUCUCUCGGGAUCUCCCAGACAAAUUGUCAGCUGAUGAUAUUUACUUAUCAGUUGGCGCCAGGCAAGCAAUAGAAGUAGUACUGACUGUGCUUGCUCGCCCUGGUGCUAAUAUUUUGCUUCCAAGACCAUGGUACCCCUUGUACGAAGCUUUUGUUGCAUUUACUGGUGUAGAAGCACGACACUUUGAUCUUCUCCCAGAAAAGGGAUGGGAAGUUGAUCUUAACGCCAUAAAGAAUCUUGCAGAUGAAAAUACAAUUGCUAUGGUUAUAAUUAAUCCAGGGAAUCCAUGUGGAACCGUUUUCACAUAUGAGCAUCUGAAAAAUAUUGCAGAAACCGCAGAAAAGCUUGGAAUAUUGGUAAUGUCAGAUGAGUCAUAUGGACAUCUAGCUUAUGGGAGUACUCCUUUUACUCCGAUGGGGGUGUUUGGAUCAGUUGCGCCUGUCAUUACUAUUGGCUCUUUAUCAAAAAGAUGGUUUGUUCCUGGUUGGAGGCUUGGUUGGAUCGCAAUAAGUGAUCCCACUUGCAUCCUCCAAGGAUCCGAGAUUGUUGAGGGCAUCAAGAGUAAUAUCGACAUAAGCUCUGAUCCUACAACAUUCACUCAGGGCGCGGUUCCUCAAAUCCUUGAGAAAACAGAUGCGGAGUUUUAUUCUAAGACCACAAGCAUACUGAAAGAAGAUGCAGAGAUAUGCUGGGAUUUGCUGAAUCAUAUCCCUUGCAUUGCUUGUCCACACAAACCAAAUGGAGCCAUGUUUGUAAUGGUAAAGCUAGACAUUUCACAACUAGAAGAUAUAAGUGAUGAUAUGGAUUUCUGCAAUAUGCUUGCUAAAGAGGAGUCCGUGAUUGUUCUUCCUGGAUUUAUUCUGGGGAUGAAGAAUUGGUUACGAAUAACGUUCGCCCAGGAGCCAUCAGUUUUGAAAGAUGGCCUUGGGAGGAUGAAAGCCUUCUGUUCAAGGCAUGGCAAGAAAAAGUGAGGAUAAUUUUUUUAUUCUGUGAGUCUUGGCUAUGCACCAAGAUCCCCUCACCAGUACCAAGUUGAAAGAUUGCUAUACUGUCUUGUUGGUUAGAAUCAGCGUUAUAAACAAUUUGCUGGGUGUUGUCGCCAUUUAUGCCUAAAAUAUACAGUACUCAUUACUCACCCUGUGGUGUAGUACAGUUCGUCAUACACAAUACUUGUUUUUUUUACUUGAGAAAUAACAAUGAAACAAAUCUGAUGCUCGA